AUUCUUCGAUGUAAUAUUAAGCGAUCUUACAAUUCUGUAAAUCUAUAAAAAUUAUCAAGAUAUUUCUUUUGAUUAAUUCAUGUAAUUUAAAAUUUUUAUUUUUUGCUAUGAUAAAAGUACUGUGAAAAAAAUAAUUAUAGUUAUUAAAAAAACUAAAUAUUAAAUAAACCAACUGAUAUUUAUUUGAGAUAGUUGGCAGUAUAUUCAAAAGUAUUUGGCGGUUGUAAUGUGUUUUUGUUUUAAGAAGAUAGUUUGUUAAAUAAUUUUCAAAUAUGAGUACGAAACUUAGAGAAAUAAUGAAUGAUAUUUUUUAUAAUGUUCAAAUUAAUAAAACCUGCCAUAAACGGUAUAUAAAAAGAUUAACAAAUAUCAAUCAACAAUAUGAUCUAGAAUCAUUUUUGGAAGAAUUUAUCUCCUGUUUGAAGAUUCCUCUUAGUAUGAGCCAAAAUCAUGUAUCCAUUGACAAUACUCUUCAAUUUGCUGCUAAGUAUGCCGUUAGCUCUUAUGCGUCUUCUAACAGCGAACUAUGCGAACCUAUGUCUCCAUUUCUUGAAAAAUUAUUUGAAUUUGUAUUGAAACAUCACGAUGCAAAAGAUUCUUCUGUUAGAUUUCGCAUAUGCCAUUUUUUAAAUAUGUUGUUAAAUUCAAUGGGAGAAAAUGCUUUCAUUGAUGAUGCACUUUGCGAUAAAAUUACUGUCAAUAUGAUGGAUCGAUUAUUGGAUAAAUCACAUAAAGUUAGAGCCCAAGCUAUUUUUGCUUUACAUAGGCUUCAAGAUCCGUCAGAUGAAAAUUGUCCUGUAAUAAAAAUGUAUAUAUUUCAUUUAUCCAAAGAUCCAAAAGUUGAAGUUCGUAAAGCGGUAUUAAGUUGUAUGGCCAAAAAUCAAAAAACAUUACAUGCCGCUUUGAAGAGAAUUAGAGAUGUCAGUGAUAUAGUACGAAAAAUGGCUUAUGAUUUUAUCAGUAAAAUUACGGUAAGAUCGUUAACAAUCAAACAAAGGAACCAAUUGUUAAACGAAGGACUCAAAGAUAGAGCUGAGAGUGUACGCAAAUGUGUAGAAAAAGUACUAUUGCCAAUAUGGCUACGUUAUUUUAAUGGAAUAUAUAUAGAUUUGAUUAAAGCAUUGGAUGCAGAAAUCGGAAGUAACGUAUCUAUUCUAGCGUUAAACGUACUUUUCAAAAACGCUGAGAUAGAUGAAUUAAUCAGUCAAAUACCAAUUGACGAAACUACAAAACUCAUACCAAUUAAUAAAUUAACAAGCGAAAAUUGCUUGUACUGGAGAUGUGUAGCUAAACAUCUUCAUAAUCUAUCUUUCUUAGAUACAUUGGAAAGAAUUUUACCUGAAUUAUCAAGUUUUUCAGCAUACAUUAAUGAGUUUUUAAUAAUGAUAUCUUCUAAAACAUAUGAAAUGUGGGAAAAACAAACACACCAAUUUAUUCUUCUUCAACUUCUUGAGAUAAUUAAACUAUAUGAUUUAUCAGAUGAAGCAGGAAGAAACAAUUUAAAUGACUUGAUAUUAAAUAUGCUAUCGAGCGAUAAUUAUUACUCUAAAGAAAUAAUUGAAUGCAUAGUAUAUCAUCUUGAGAAUGUGAUACCUGAUGUAAAUAAAAGAUUAGAUCUUUUAUCAAAUACAAUUAGUAAAAUCAGAACUCCAGUAAGAGUUCCUACACAAGUUAUAAAAGAAAUAUCUGCGGAACAAGAACAUCAAAAUAACAUGCAAAAAGCCAGAUUACGAGUACAAUUACUAGAACUUAAGGAAGAAGAAUAUCAAGCUAUACAAAAUAAAGAAUAUUUGAAAGCUGAAAAUCGAAAGGAAGAAAUAAAUAAAGUAAAUCAAGAAUUGAUGAAAUUAAAUGAACCAUCAGAAGCUAAUAUGGUUAUUGUUGACGAUGACAUUGAAGAAGAGAAAAGCGAUUCUGAAACAAUGAUUAAAUGUCUUACUAUCUUGUGUGCUAUGAUGAGAGUUAAAUCGAUAAAAACAUUAAUGCCUACUCUUAGAUGCCUUCUAAAUGUAGCGCUUUCAAGUUUGGAUCAUCCAGAUGACAGAGUUCAUAUAUUAGCACUAGAAGCUUUGGGAAUAUUUUGCAUAUUAGAUAAGGAAUUAGCUAAAACACAUAUUUUGACAUUUUUGUUACAAUUUUCAUUGGAACAAGAAAAACAAGAAAUAUGGAUUGUUACUUUAAAAGCUCUUUUUGAUCUUCUAUUACGCUACGGACUAGAAUUUUUUGAUAUCUCAAAAAGUAGUGACAAUAAUAGUCUAUUAAAUAAAACUAAUAAACCUGUAAAGUUGUUCAAUCGAAUGGAAGAAGAAGAUAUUACUGUUUACAGACAACCAUCCAAUAAUCAAGCACAAAAUCCUGAUAUAAUGAAAAUUCUAAUAGGAUUAAUGGAUAAUGCGAAUCAAGAUUUGAGAACUAUUGCAACUGAAGGACUUUGCAAAUUAUUGAUAAAUCGUCGUAUAAGUAGUUCUACUUUGUUAGCACGGAUAAUAAUUAUGUAUUAUAAUCCAGCAAAUAAUGAUGACACUUAUCUUUGCCAAUGUAUCAGCAGUUUUUUUGAUCAAUUCAUAUUAUAUGUACCUUUUAAUCAAGAAAUGCUGGAAGAAGCAUUCUUUCCAGUUUUAAAGAUCAUAUGUGAUGCACCAGAGAUCAGUCCUCUUCAAGAAAUUAAUCCUUACAAUGUAGCUGCUUUUAUUUUGAAUUUAACUAGAAAUAGAGGUAAAGAAUCUGAAAGCAUAAACACAUAUUGUGUACAUAAUAAUUUGGCCUUUGCAAUUCUGGCUGAAAUUCUAAAUUCAGAUAGUAAAAUCGACAAAGAUGUACUCAUUAAAUGUUUGAAGGAUUUAGAUAUACAAAUAGACGACAAUUUAUCACAAGAGGAUUUAAAAGAUGGUAUUGAGAAAGUUUUAUUAAUGGUAAAUAAGUUCGAUAAACGAUUGUUGAAUUAUGUACAAAAAUUUAAGAAGAAAUUGGAAUCACCAGGUAUUGUAGAAAUUCAAGAGGAGAUGGAAAAUAAUACAGAUACAGAAGAAUGAAUUUCAUUUGAUGAAUGAA